AUGGCUGUCGCGUUCGCCGUUGCCGUCGCCGCCGAUUCGCCCAUCUUCUCGCCGAGUCGCAACGAGCCUGCGCUGGUUGAUUGGCUCACCGAAAAACGGACUCGAACGACGCCCCAACUGGCCGCCAACGCGUGGUCCUGCUGCCGAACCAACAGCCCCGUCUCAUUCGUCUCGCUCGCCUCACAGACCAGCCUCCCGCUGCGCAUCAUCUUGUACCCAACGCCCCUCGACAACCUCUCCUCUUCCCUCGCCCCACCCCGCCUCGUCGAGCCCACCUCCAUCGGUCUUCAGUCCGCCUAG